AUGGUCAAUCCUCCUCGUCCCUCCGUCCAAGCGGAUGACGAAUGGUCUCCUCUCCUGUCAGUGAUUGUGGGGCGAGCCGGACAAGCAUGCUUCCCCAGCGCUCCUACAGCCAUGAUCGAAGCAACAAUGCCUUCGCAGCACGCUCACCGAUUUAAACCUCGGCACCCUUUUGAUCCAAAGCUGAUUGCCAAAGCUGACGCUGAACUGGACUACUUCGCAGCGAUCCUCCAAGCAGAGGGAGUCCAGGUUUACAGGCCACCCGAGGGAGUCAAUUGGCUGGACGUCAACGGAUAUACCGGGGCCAUGCCCCGCGAUGGGCUUAUGAGCGUCCAAAAUACGUUAAUCGAAGCCUGCUUCGCCUGGCCCUGCCGUAGCCAGGAGAUUGAAAUCGCUUAUGAUGCCAUCCUAAGCGAACUGGCCCUGGACAGUCGGGUGAAGGUGAUUCGCCGCCCAGGACACACCUUGGCGGAUACCUUGCUCGACGGGCAUGAGGAUUCCAGUCCGUGGGUGAUUAACAACAGUCGCCCCGCGUUCGAUGCGGCUGACUUUAUGCGGUUUGGCAAAACCAUCCUCGGACAACUCAGUCACGUUACAAACCAGGCCGGCGUGGAAUAUGUCCAGCGCUGUCUGCCCACGGGAUACAAGAUAGAGAUACUCGAGGUGGAUGACCCGCAUGCUAUGCAUAUUGAUGCGACGAUCCUUCCACUCCGUGAAGGGUUGUUGGUCUAUAACCCGAACAAAGUCACGGAAAAGUCGCUGCGCAAACACGCGGUGCUGGCGGACUGGGACCUCCGCCCUUACCCAUUCACGCCGAAGGAGUCGGAAGAUCCGCCGCUUUAUAUGACGAGCCCUUGGUUGUGCCUCAACGCGCUGGUGUUGGACGGGAAACGGGUCGUGGUCGAGGCUAGCGACCAGCGAACUGCAAAGUGGUACGAAUCUCUAGGGAUGGAAUGCAUCCUGUGUCCGUUCAAGCAUGUCAACAGUAUAGGAGGCUCUUUCCACUGCGCCACGGUGGACCUGGUGAGGGUUAGCGCACAACAGCACUAG